GCAUUUUGUUAAAAUACUAACUAUGGAAACUCUUGAAAAUAAGUUAACAAAGUUGAGAGAUACUAUCAUUGAACAGACCUCGUUCAGUUAUGGAAAACUGCUAAAUCCAUUAAGACAAGACUUCAGAUAUACACUCGAAGAUCUCAUACUCUAUCUAGAUUUUGCACAUUCCUUAUGUUGAGAGUUGUGAGAAAAAUUUGAAACCUUACUUUCAAAAGAAGACAUUUAUUUCAUGCACUAUGGUGAAAGAACGAAGAAAACUCAAAUCUCCCUCAUAAAAGCCAAGGAUAAAAUCAAAUUUUUCCUGAUAAGGCUUUCUAGAUUCAAAGAAAAACAAGACAAGGAGUCUCUCGAUGACGUUUACUCUGAAAUCAUCGACAAGUUCACUACUGAAAAUAAAAUAUCAAAGAAAAAGAACUGAGAGGAAUUCAAAGUACCACCUACAAGAAAAUACUCUUUCUAUAAAACCCAUAAAUACUUUGAGUCUCCAAUCCUUGAGAAUUCACUGUGAAAAGAUUCUCCAGGAUUAAAUCGGUGAACGUCAGCAAAUUCUCACCUAAUAGUAGGAAAAGAGCUGGAAGAUAGCAAAAAGAAAGGUCCAAAAGGAAUCAGAUAUGGUGUGAGCCCAGCAGCAUUAGCCACUGAGACCUACAUUAUCAUUCUACUGAAGAUAGAGACUGCUUUGAACAACCUGCUUCAGUCUCCUAACAAUCAUGACUACUCCGAGCUCUUUUAUAGAGCUGAAUUUAUUAAAGUCUUUGAUGAAAAAUUUAGCGAAGUGUUAAAGAUGCCUGAAGAUGAUGUCUUCUACCUACAACAAAUCGGUGAGAAUAAACUCGAGCAAUUUAAACAAGUCUGUAAGCUAGAGUAUCCUGUUAACAUGGAGUCUUUUAUGACAAGAGUCAAGUAUUUCUCCCAUUUAGUAGAAUUCUCCCUUGCUGUCGUUAGCAAAACACUAAACAGAGAAAGCCAUAUUAUGAAAAUCCUAAAGUGCUGUUGGUGGGCACCUAUCUUCUUAAUUUCAAAAAGAAGAAGGCAAACCCAGUUCAAGUCUUUUGUCUCCUCUGGAGAUAUAGAUUUGAUCUUGAAGAUUGUCAGAGCUAGUGGAAAUGAUCUCUCGAGGUUCGUCUUCUAUUUUCUCAAUCCAAAGAUAAAAGUUCAUAAGAAGAUCUACAUUCCAUUUGAGUAUGAAGACCUCACUGCUGAAAGUUUAAACAAGUCUCUGGAUGACUUCAUCCUUCGAAAUACUAAAAAUAGCGCUGAUUCAGAAUACAAGUUCAUAAAAUAAACUCAGAGGUUCAGAGUCUUUCAAAUUUGAGAAUCAUAACAAAAUAAUAUCAAAAGAAGUCACCUUCAGCUUCAAACCGAAGAAAAUGAAUAAGAUGCUCAGAAUAGUAUCCCCAUUCCCUGUCCAUUUCAACCCAAAUCCUCAGGAAGUGAAGACAAGAGUCACUGAUUGAAAUGCAAUCUUAAUCCACAUUCACGGUGGAGGAUUUAUCAGCCAGUCUUCCUCGCAACAUCAGGUGUAUCUAAGAAGGUGGUCGAAACAGAACAAUAUCCCAGUGUUCAUGAUCACCUACACUCUUUCUCCAGAAGCUCCUUAUCCAAUGGCGCUUAAUGACUGAUGGCAAUCAUACAGAUGGAUAAUUGAUAACGUCGAAAACUCAUGAGGGAUCAAACCUGAGAAGAUUCUAAUCUCAGGCGAUUCCGCAGGAGGAAACCUAGCUACUGCCCUUGUUGGCCUAUGAAUCACCAAAGGUGUCCGAGUGCCAGAUUCUUUGAUCCUUUCGUACCCUGCUUUAUUAAUUUGAGGAAAUAAAUUUACACCUUCGAGAAUAAAUUCUUUUGAUGAUAAAAUUCUCAACGGCCUGAUGACCUCCUGUGUGAUCAGCUCUUACUCAAGAGGAAUGAUUUCAGAAGAGCAUCCUUUCCUCUCUCCUAUAUUCUUCCCAGAUGCUAUGUUGAUGAAAUUUCCACGAGUCAGAAUGUCACUCGCUGGCAUUGAUCCGUUGCAUGAUGAUGGUUACAAAUUUGCAUACAGGCUCUGCCAGCUUGGCAAAGAUGUCAAAGUAAUCGACAACAGACUCUUAUCGCAUGGCUUCCUUAACUUUGGUAUGGUGCCCCUAAUUGGAGGAGAAUGCACUAAAGCAAUUGAUGCCAUUUCAGCAAUGAUUUCUGAGAGUAUUAACUCAGUGCACUAGAUCCUAGUUUAACAUUCAAUCACCUAA